GAGGCUCUGAUUUGAAGUCUCUUGCGACGACCUCUCUGCGUGACCUCCAGGACCUCGUCGCAGGCUCCCUGGAGGAGGGUCCGAGUGUGCCCAGCUGCUCGGGGCUGCGGGGCUGCAGCCGCGGUUCCACGAUGUGCUUUCAGUCAGGCAUCAUGAAGCCUUCUGCGAGCUAAGAGAAGAAGGAACCGUGGUCAAUAUGGAGGACAAAAGACGGCGAGCCCGGGUGCAGGGGGCCUGGGCUGGCCCAGCGAAAGGCCACGCCCCGGCUCCAACAGGCAGGGCCCUGCAGGGAGCUUCGAGGGACGACUCCAUCGAGAAGAGUGCUUCCCGCCAGAAGCCUGGCCUGACCUGGGCGAACAAGGAGCCUCAUCUGGGCGACAGGCAGUUCCUGUUCACAGAGCCCCAGCAGGUCGCCCGCCGGGUCCCAGAGCCGCGCGUCAUUGACAAAGCGGGUGUGUAUGACAUCAGCCUGGCGCCGACAGGUGUGUCCAGGGUGUCCUUGUACCCGGGCUUUGUGGCCGUGGAAGAAGCUGACCGCGCGCUGGAGCAGCUCUGCCGAGACGUCCCGUGGCAGCAGAGAACUGGCAUCCGCGAACAUGUGACUUACCAGCAGCCAAGACUCACGGCAUGGUAUGGAGAGCUUCCGUACACGUACUCGAGAAUCACUCUGGAACCCAAUCCGCACUGGCUGCCCGUGCUCCGAGUGCUCAAGGGCCAGGUUGAGGCGAACACGGGCCACAGCUUCAACUCACUGCUCUGCAACCUCUACCGCGACGAGAAGGACAGCGUGGACUGGCACAGUGACGAUGAGCCCGCCCUGGGCCCCUGCCCCGUCAUCGCCUCCCUCAGCCUGGGCGCCACCCGCACCUUCGAGAUGAGGAAGAAGCCACCCCCGGAGGAGGACGGCGACUACACCUACGUGGAGAGGGUGAAGAUUCCGCUGAGCCAUGGGACCUUGUUGCUUAUGGAAGGAGCCACGCAGGCUGACUGGCAGCACCGAGUGCCCAAGGAGUACCACUCGAGAGAGCCGCGUGUGAACCUGACCUUCCGCACGGUUUACCCAGACCCCAGAGCGCCACACCCAUGAGUGAGGGGGGUCCCUGACGCUGAGCGAGGCUCCCCCAUGGAGGUGCCGCUGCUGCUGUGUGCCAGGGCAAGGCAGCCGGCAGUUCUCUCCGUGUUCACUGCUGGAACGUGAGCCCCGAUGGCCUCUGGAAG